AUGUCCAAGACGCCAUUUUCCAAAGAAGAUGAGCAGAAUUUAGUGCAAUACAUCGCAGAAGAGAGGCCCGUACCUAAAAACCGAUUGGGAAACAAGCUUUAUCAACAACUGGUCGAAAAUGCAGGAAAUCGAUGGCCAUGGGCCAAGCGGCAUUCAUGGAUGUCCUGGCGAGAACAUUACAAGAAGAAUCAAGAGUUGUUUGAUAACAAAAUCAAAAAGUACCAGAGGAGUAAACGUCAGGAAACGCGGGCUAGAUCGAUUCAGCAGGCGGGGGACCAGGAGGAAGAGGAGCCAGAGCAGCAGAAUGCAAUAUCUGCUACCAAUGGCAGAUCGGCCAAGGUCACUGUGAAACGAGAGCCAGAGGAGCUGAAUACUGUGCCGCCAAAACCUACUUCGGAUGCAAGGGCCCAGAAAAUCACGUCGACGCGGGAGGAAGGCGCGAAAACCUCUUCAUCAAAGGAGUUAAAAGGCAAGGGAACUACAAAUUAUGCAGAAACUACAGAGAAAACAACCAAACCCGCCGCGUCGAAGUCGAAAUCUGCCUCACAUGCGAGAUCACAGGCGGCCCCGGCGGCGUCAACGGGUGACAUUCGCACGAAAGGUUCUUCGUCCAAACAGAAACCCUCAUCACGACCAGCAGAACCCGUAAUACAACAAAAACAAGAUGAACGUUUGGAGACAGAGGAUGAACAACAUGUGUUGGGCGACGAAUCAGCGCAACAGCUCUCUGAAAACGAAAUGAUUGAAUUAUUUGGCUCGUAUGUUGAGGAGGAGGAGGAGGAAGAGGAGGAAGGAACUCGGGAAGAAGAAAUCAAUCCUACGAGAUCGAGCGUCGUGGCAGGCCCAAACGAGGACGCACACAGCGACGUUGAAAUUCAGGAGCACCAGCCCGUCGUGGAAGAUAUGAUUGAUGAUCCCAAACCACAGUUACCAGGCGCUUUCGACGUCCAACCACGAGUGCUUUAUCCAGUGCUAGAUGCUUCAGAAGCUAAAAGAAGUCGUUUAAAACCUGCCCAACGCCCUCGACCUCGGCUGAAGCAACAUAAAGAAGAUCCAUUCGAAACCCCUUCGGAGUCGCCGCCAAACCCUCCACGACAAUCUGCCGCACAGACAGUCCCCCUUACAAAAAAGUUGCCAGUCCUGGAGGAAGGUGCUUUUCGGACUACUUUUAAGCGCAGUCGCGCUCGUGUCGACAACGACGACGACGACGACGAAGAAGAGGCCCGCCCAUGGCCCCCCAAGCGCAGCAAGAAGGAGCGCGAUGCUGCGAAGCAAGCCUCCGAAGCUGCCACUUUCACUCGCCCCCAACAAGUUGUUCAAGUGAAUGCAGUAGCAUCUUCUUCCAAAACGAUGCUGUCUCCUACCAUUUCCGCCGCCGACGCUCCCGCCGUUAUCCCGCGGACCUACUCUGAGCCUUCACUUGGCAAUGACGUGUCGGAUCGAUCUUCGCCGACGAAACAACCUGGUGUCGGUGAUACAGCUAAUUCAAGAUCUUCUACCAACAUGCAGCAAAGUGUUAUCUUGAGUGCUAAACAACAAGGCCGCACUUCGUCCCCGGUGCUGAAACCAUCCAUCAGCAAAAUCAACAAUGAAAUCACCACAACUGUAUCCUCGACCACUCGCACUCGCGCCGACCAUCGCCAAUAUAGUCUGCCCUCUAAACCUUCUUCUGACGCCGAUCCAUUCACUGCCAAGAAUCAGCAACUAAAACAGCAACAGUACCGUGUUUCAGAGAAAGCUGCUGGAAAAGCUCGCGCCGCUGACGAGUCUUAUGUUAUUGGUGACGAGAAUGAGAGUCCUGGGGAAACACGCCGCAUCGACCUCCACCAAAAGGCGCUGCUGAAGCGGCAUCGGCUAGCGAACAACCAGGCGCGCGCGUCCCGUCCAAGCUCUGUGCUCAGCUCGCGCGGCUCGCUGUCUCUGAGCCCGAAGAGGGACCAUUCGCGCAAGUCGAACUCGCUGCGCAAGUCUAUCUCUGAACUCGACUUGCCUGAUGAUGAUACGAGAGAAUUUUUGCUCGCUGCAGCUGAGAGUACAGCUGAUGCUCUGCAGAAGAUGGUGGAGGACUACGGAUUCCCCAUUGAGGAUGUCGAGGAGGCGUUCAAAAAGACCAAGAGCCUCAGGAAGACGGAGCUCUUUUUGAAGCAGCUCCGCCGAGAUAUGGAUCAGUUGCAACAGGAGAUGCUGGAAAAACAAAAAGCGCUGUAUGCGCGGAUUAAUUUCUUCGCUGGUCAGGAUGGUGGAAAUGACUCGGAUAACGAUGUGCCCUAUGGACUGGUGAAGCGGGUCUCUAUCGCUGGCAAGGCUAGUGGGAAGAGCAGUACCCGCAGCUCUCCCCGCAAGAGCAAAAGCAAACGGCCAAGUCUCAACAUCAAGCCUAUUCUUACAGAUGAGGAGGUGGUAUCUGAUUAUUCCCCGCCCGGCUCCUCCCGCGCGGGGCAGUUCGCGAGACUUGUUCGACAAGGGCGCAAGAAAGAGGCGAUCGAGCGUGAACAGCGUCGUGCCAGCGGUGUAUUCAUUCCGCCGAGUCAGCAUGGGGGUGGUGGUCGGACCAGACAGAGUCUGCUGUCCAGGGAGAUUCCUGUCACUCCUACUCCCCACCCGCGCGACGCCGUGCCGAUGGAUAUAGAUGAUAGUCCUGCCGCGCAGGAUCGAAACGUCAUGGAUCAAGAUGACGACGACGACGAUAUGUAUGUGCAUACCGACGAGGAGAAGGGUGAUGCUGCGCCGCAACGGCUGUCGUCUGAAAACGAACAUGCGAGUGAUCAUGAAAACGAGCAAGAUCAUGAAGCUGACGACGAGUUUGAACCCAGUCAGCAAACUCAACAAAUCAGGCAAGAAUAUCUCUCGCGCUUCCCCGAUCGGGAAGAGGAGCCACAGGAGGAAGAGGAUGAACAGGAUGAAGACGCUCCAGCCGCUACCCAACCACCACUCCCAUCCCCAUCCCCAGAACAUGAACCUGCCGAAAACGAGCAAGAUCAUGAAGCUGACGACGAGUUUGAACCCAGUCAGCAAACUCAACAAAUCAAGCAAGAAGAUCUCUCGCGCUUCCCCGAUGGGGAAGAGGAUGAACAGGAUGAACAGGAUGGAGACGCGCCAGCCGCUACCCAACCACCACCCCCAUCCCCAUCCCCAGAACAUGAACCUGCCGAUGCACGCGACCGUAUCAAAGCACUCGCCCAACAAGCGCAGGCCAAACAUCCAGCACUGGCACUGCAAUACCGUAUUCUGGUGAAAAACCUCAGCGCAGAGAAUGCUGAUGAAAUGCGGCAGUUUGAGGCCAGGAAUGAUCCUGACUUUUUGAGAUUAAUGUCCCUCCAGCUAAUUGGAGAGCUUGCGGACAAGUACCGUGAAGAGGGGCUUUCCACGCCGGAGAAAUGA